AUGAACACGGACGUGGAAUUUCACAUCAGACAGAAUUAUCCGUGGAACAAGCUGCCCGCAAAUGUCAAACAGAGUCUUGGGAACUCACAGAGGGAGUAUGACAAACACGUUCUGCUGUAUAGUAUCAGAAACCAGCUGCGAUUCCGCAAUAACUUAGUCAGGCAUGUUAAGAAGGAUGAGAGGAAGUAUUACGAGGAGCUGCUGAAGUACAGCCGAGAGCACCUCAUGCUGUAUCCGUACCAUCUGUCUGACAUCAUGGUUAAAGGACUGAGAGUCACUCCCUUCUCUUACUACAUCAGCAUCAUGGAGGACAUCAUGAACUGUGAGAAGAGUUAUGACUCCCUGCCCAACUUCACUGCUGCUGACUGUCUGAGGCUUCUUGGCAUUGGGAGGAACCAGUACAUUGACCUGAUGAACCAAUGCAGGUCGUCCAAAAAAUUCUUCCGCAGAAAAUCGGCAAGGGAUCUUCUGCCGGCCAAACCAGUUGAGAUCUCAGUGGAGCCUUGGUGGGUAGCACAGACUGGUUACAUCACUGAGGAUGACAUCAGGAUUUGUUCCCCAGCAGAGAAGAGGGCCAUUGAUAAGAUGAUAGAUUCUGGACCCCAGCUGGCUGGAUCGAUGGAGUACAAUGUGGUUCUCAGUCUGUACAACAGGGGCUAUAUAUAUCUCGAUGUGCCCAUAUCCGAUGACAGCUGUAUAUCAGUGCCACCUUUGGAGGGGUUUGUCAUGAACAGGGUGCAGGGCGAUUAUUUCGAGACACUCUUGUACAAAAUCUUUGUGUCCAUCGAUGAGCAGACAACAGUGUCUGAGCUGGCUAAUGUACUGGAGAUUGACUUGGGUCUGGUGAAGAAUGCAGUGUCCAUGUACUGCCGACUUGGAUUUGCCAUAAAGAAGGGUCAGGUGAUCAGCCCGGACCAGCUGCACCCCUCAUGGAAAAGUGCCCCUUCAGUCAACAGGCUAAAGAGCACUAUGGACCCUCAGAAGAUGCUACUGUCCUGGGAAGGGGGCAGUCCAGUAAUGGAGGCAGGUUCCUCUGCUACUGACACAGACACCACCAGUUUGGAGGACCAAGACACAGCCAGUGUCAGUAGUCUAAGUAUUCCGGCAGGCCCCACCAAGAGGAUUGCCUUUCUGUUUGAUUCCACCCUUACUGCCUUCCUCAUGAUGGGCAACCUUUCCCCUAAUCUAAAGAGCCAUGCAGUAACCAUGUUUGAGGUGGGGAAGCUGUCUGAUGAGACCCUGGACAGUUUUUUGAUGGAACUGGAGAAGGUGGAGAGCACUGCUGAAGGAGAAGCUCAGAGGUAUUUUGAUCAUGCACUGACGCUCAGGAACACAAUUCUCUUUCUUCGCUACAACAAAGAGCUCACCCCCGACCAGGGCCCUGACAUACCAAAUAUAGGCUUGCCUCUGGACCUGCUCCGCUGUGAGAGUCUGCUGGGAUUGGAUCCUGCCACCUGCAGCCGUGUGCUCAACAAGAACUACAAACUGCUGGUUUCCAUGGCACCGCUAAGCAACGAGAUCCGGCCAAUCAGCAGCUGUACACCUCAGCAUAUUGGCCCAGCCAUUCCAGAGGUCAGCUCGAUUUGGUUUAAACUGUACCUGUACCACGUGACUGGUCAUGGCCCUCCUUCUCUGCUGCUAUCGAAGGGCUCCAGGCUGCGGAAGCUACCAGAAAUCUUCCAGGCCUAUGACAGGCUCCUCAUCACCUCCUGGGGGCAUGACCCUGGUGUGGUGCCCACAUCAAACGUGCUUACUAUGCUGAACGAUGCCUUGACUCACUCUGCGGUGCUCAUUCAGGGUCAUGGCAUGCAUGGCCAUGGGGAGAUGGUUCAUAUCCCCUUUCCUUUCGAUGAGGAGGACCUCAAAGGAGAGUUCUCCUAUACUAACAUGUGUGUGCACAAGGCCCUGAAGAUCCUGCGGGACAAAGUGGAUUUGAAACACCAGUGUGGCUAUAUCACUAUGCUGAACUGCAACAACAGGCACCGCCGCAGGGCCAGUGACGCUGAUGUAGGAGGAGACUCAGAGCUUGGUGCAGGGUUUGAUGCCAAUGGAAGCAAUGAGUCUUUUGAGUUAGUUGCUGAGGAGAACAAUGGGGAUGGUAGUAAGAGGCAUGGAACAGAAGGAGUGUCUUCUGUUGAAGAUGAGUGGGUACCUCUGGAGCUGUGCUUUGGAAUGCCCCUCUUCAGCUCUGAGCUAAACCGCAAAGUAUGCCAGAGGAUUGUCUCACACAAACUCUGCAGCAAGGACAGUCUUCAAGAACUUCUACAUUCCAGCCGAAAACUGGCCUUGAAGGUUCUGAGCUUUGUCCAGUCUUUCCAGGAUUGCAGCCAGCCUGCAGACCCCGACAGUGGGGUUUCAGGGCCCCUUAGCCAGCCCCCGGCGGAGGCUGGCGUCCCCCUCCCUGCCCUCAACCUCCUCUUUAAAGAUGGCCAGCUGAAGGAGUGGAGCGGCAGAGCCCCGCCCUCCCUUCACAUCUCCACUGUACAGAGAGACCAACCCACAUAAAACCAGACCCUCAGAAAGCAUCUCAACCAGCCCUUAUUCCUCUUUCCCCCAUGUCCCACCCCUCAUGAUCAAUUCCAGAAUUGCCAGUGUUACUGUCUUGGCUCUGUGUCACACUAAACCCAGCGUUUCAAUGCACCUGCUAAUGCACGUGUCCAGAGGCCAAGCCAAGAGUAACACUAGUGCUUAUUCAGUGAGCAGAGUUUGAUCACAACUCCUAACGUCUCAUAUUAUCAAACAUCAGAUAUCACCUCACUCAGUGAUGAGAUUGUUAAGUAUACAUAUACGAAAUAUUCUCACUUAAAUGUGACUUGUUACAUGUAUAUGGACUUUGCUUGGAAACAGAAAAAAUUAGGACCAAUCCUGUGGUUGGAAAAAGUCACCCAGGUCUCUUGUAUAUGCCUAUUUGUACUGUCAUGUUGUGUGACCCAAUGCAUGAUAUCAUUGCACAAAAUCUCAGAAGAGUGACCUGACUGAUUUGAGGUUCAACUGGGUAUGCAACUGUCAAAAUGUUUUUUUUCUUAUUACUUUUUGCACAGCACCCGUGGAUGAUUUUACUUUUCUUUAUCAGUUUCGUCAAUUCAUUGGUUGAAAUUUGGGUAUAGAUUUAGGCAUUCGUUAUUCACGUGGAACAUGUUCCUUUGGGUAAUAACACAGCAUAGGAGCAAAAUUUACUCUGUAAGCAUAUUUUUGACUUUCAUGCUUCACUGUGUGGUAACACCAAAGAUUAAUCCUUUCAUUUUCUUUUUUAGUUUGAUUUUUUUUACAGCGUUUUUAGUAUGUUUUUAUUUCGUUGCCUUAUAAAUGAGUUGCUUGGCACCCAGUAGACUGCAAUCAGUUGUAUGCAUGUACUCAGUGGUUGUAGACUCAUUCAUUGGCCAGUUGAAGGAAAACUCAUUAGGACUGAGUUUACAGCUCCUGUUUUUGUAGUCCAGAGAGCACUAAGAGCCUGAGAGCGAUCUCACAUGAACACACAAAACCAUUCAUCUCCUUUAUGUUCGUACCUAGGUGUGUUGAAUAUGUGUGGGUUUAAACCUUUAUUGUGAUUAUGUAGCAUUGCUACAGAGCUGAAAGCCCCUCAGUGGCCUCACCAUUGUUUUUUUUUUGUUUUGUUUUGUUUUUCUUUUUUUUCUUGCCUUUAUUAAGAAUGCUGGUUUUGUUUCCCUAUUUGAACUUUAUAGUUGUGGUUGUUGAUAACGAUUAUGAUGAUUAUGAUGGUGUUGAUGCCACUGGUUAAGAUAAAUAAGAGAUAUUGGUGCAGCAUGAUGAGUGUUUAGAGACCAUUGUGUAUCUACUGUGCAUCACUCUCUCACCUUCUUCCCAACGUCCAUUCUGCUCCUCUUCCGCUUCCACUAGUUCACCCCUUUCACUGAUCUUCUAUUUUGCCCCUGUCCAUCCCUCUCCUCUAGAUGACAAGAUCCCCUAUCCUUGUUCCUUACCAAUCCAUCUCAGUGUUAGAGAAGAAUUGUUAGUUUUAUAAAGUCAACCUGCAUUUUA